CACAAUUUUUUCCCAGGUCUUGCCGUCGUGAGAACUUUGGUGGGGAUCUCAGUACCUUCCCUCUACCUUCACGCUUCGUUUGUUCUCGCAGCCGAGCGCUCCACGUCAAUUCGACAUCCACGACAAUGGGACGAAGUAGCCAGGAGGCAGUCCAUGCUUCACCAGAAAUCGCUCACGAUUCUACCCCUCAAGAUGCGGGGAAGGCCGACAUUGGCCAGAUGGAGCGCGUUGUUUCUGGUGGCGACGAGAAGGGCGAUCACAUGAACUACAACCGCGUCGACGACGAGGUUGCGAAAUACGUGAACGCUACAGCGAUUGAGAUAUCGGAGGAAGAAAACAAACGGUUGAAGAAACUGAUUGAUCGGAGAGUCCUUCCUAUCAUGGUAUUCACCUACUUUCUCCAGGCGCUCGACAAAGGCACCAUGAGUUUCACUUCCAUCAUGGGGAUUCGAGAUGACAUUCCCAUCUUGCAACAAAACGACAAAUUCGCGUGGCUCACGACCUGUAUCUACAUCGCGGUGCUGAUCGUGGAAUUCCCUACCAACUAUAUCAUCCAGCGCGUUCCAAUUGCCAAAUACUUGGGUGCCAACAUCAUGCUUUGGUCCAUUACCCUGGCUCUUCAUGCCGUUUGCUUCAAUUUUCCGAGUCUGGUAGCGGUCCGCACUCUGCUGGGUAUUUUCGAGGCGGUGUGCCAGCCCACCUUUUUGAUCAUGAGUUCCAUGUGGUAUAAGAGAGAAGAGCAGACCAAGAUUGUCACUUGGUGGUAUAUGAUGAAUGGCAUGCAACAGAUUGUCGGUGGUUUGCUGGCUUAUUGCUUCAGCUUGAUCAAAAGUCCGCCAUCACCCAUCAGGUCGUGGCAGGCUAUCUUCAUGACCUACGGCAUGGCAUCCUUCUUCUGGGGUGUUUUUGUCAUUCUUUGGCUACCUGAUAGUCCAAUGCGCGCAAAAUGCUUUUCGGAGGAAGACAAGAAGCUCAUGGUCGAACGCGUCCGCUCGAACCAAACCGGACUCCAGAACAAGAAGUUCCGAUCCUACCAAUUCAAAGAAGCCCUCCUGGAUCCGCAAUCAUGGUGCUACUGCCUCAUCGCCAUCUGUACCACACUGCCUACAUCGGGCCUAGGCGCCUUCGCAAACAUCAUCAUCAAAGGCUUCAAAUUCACCACGCUGCAAACCCAGCUCCUAGCCAUGGUCCUCGGCGUCGUCAUCAUAGGAACCCUCCUAUCCUCCACAGCCCUCGUCUCCAAAACGAACCAAACGCUCCUCAUCAUGCUCGCCUACGUGAUCCCUUCCUUCAUCGGCACCAUCGUCCUCAUGACAGUCCGCAACACGUCCAAAGCGAACCAGAUCGGCCUCCUCAUAUCCUACUACAUGGUGCUCUCCUUCUGGGCCGCGCAAACCCUCUCCAUGGCCCUCCUCUCCCGCAAUGUCGCCGGCCAAACCAAGAAAGCCACCGUCGUCGCCAUGAACUUUAUCGCGUGGUGCGUCGGGAACAGCAUCGGCCCGCAAGUCUUCUUAACCCAUGAUGCCCCAGAGUACUUCAUCGCCUUCUCCACCCACAUGGGUUGCUACGUGCUGCUCGUCAUUGUCAUCAUCUUCCUAAGGUGGAACUUGACUAGUCGGAAUAAGAAGAGAGAAAGGGCGGCUGCGCAGGUGCAGGGUGAUGGUACCGAUCAGGGGUUGGUGCAUGCUUUUGAUGAUUUGACGGAUGGGGAGAACCCCACCUUUAGGUAUAUGUUUUAG